AUGCCUUUCUUUACUCGCGUUUUUCGCAGUAAAGAUGCUAAUACCUCCAAGAAGAAUGCCAAAGCCCCCGAGGUAGAGGAUAAGGGCCCCGCAAAGCCCACAUGGACCGACGCGUGGCAGCGCACCGAGGUUGCCCCAGAAGAAGUUCAGGAGCUCUUGCACGGAUGCACUCAAGAGCUGAAAGCACGAGCUCUCCAAACUCCCUUCCUCCUUCUACCAUUCCGCCCUAGCUCCGACGCCAGCGCCGCACGCACCUUUAUUCGUAACUAUUUCAAUCAGUCCGUGGAGAAAGGCUCGCCCGUGAACGGAGAGGCAUUGGCACAAGAACUCCGACUGUCGGACCCGAUUGUCAUAUGCAGUGUGUUAAAAUGGUGUUGGAGCAGACUCCCGGGGGGUGUCGUGACUUGGGAGGCUUAUGAAUUGUUCAAGGUUGGCGAACAAGACUCUCAGUUCGCUCGCGAUGCAUUCUCCACAUUCCUUCCCAUCAGUGUUGAUUCAGAUGCCCGCGCAAAGAUUAUCACCGACUUCUUCGACCUGCUUGCUGCUGUUGCCGCGCACGGUAAAUCGAAUGGUCUCGGUGGUCGCAAACUGUCGCGCUAUGCUGGAUGGUGGGCUUUUGACCACUCAGAUACAGGCAAUGGCUUCGAAGCCGCCUACAAGAACUGGGCAAGUGCAGCGGAUGCGACAAGCCAUUUGUUUUUUGCUUAUCUACGUUCCUUAUCUCCAGACUCGCGCGGAAUCAACUCCAUCUCCUCGCUGCCAAUUGCUCUCCAGAGCCUACUCCAAGGAACGGAAUAUCCGCCAGAGACGCCCACUCUUCUUCAGGUCUCGACAACGAAGGUGGUUAUGAUUGUCGACACCGUCUCCCCAACACCAUUUGCUCUGUUACGGCGCGCAAAGAACUUUGAAUACAGGGACAGUGACCGCCACCUGCAGGAAUUUGCCGGCUUCGAUGACCCUGUUCGCGCGCUAACCGACGAAUGCCUUCGUGUAUUGAAGUGUAUCGCAUCAACUAAUCAAUCAGCAACGACUGACUCGGACACCACCCGAGACGAAGCCUCAUGGUCAAGAUUCGAAGACUUUGGCUUUGGAGGCGCGCUGGAGUCGGCUGCAAACAACGAUGCGAACGCUUUCAAUCUAUCGAGGAAUGAGUUUGGUAGCUUGAAAUCCGCUCCUCAGUCCGGCACGGGAGAUCUGGGCCGACCCACAACCCCUUCGUGGGCAGACUUCAUGUCUUCAGGCUUCGGUGAUGAAACCGCCCUCAAGGGACCCGGUGGUCCCUUACUUCUGCCUCCAGAUAAGAUCCUCCCUCCUCUGGCUACAGUUCGAGUUCAAAGCUCGCAGUCGCACAAACGCAGUCUGAAUGACGAACCUCUGACAGAGCCGGCUGAACUGGCAAGCAUUACCACUCUAGAUCUGGAUGACUCCUUCUGGUGGGUCUGGAUAAGUAGCUUGGCGGGAGAAGAACCGACAGCCCGGAAAGCGGUUUUCGGACGGUGCGCAUUGCUCGAAACCAUUAUCAAAGAUACUAAAUGGUUGGUGCUGGAAGAACAGGUGAAGGGGGCCGCCCCUGAGCCUGACCCCGGUGCAUACAUCGUCGAAAAGAAGCGCUUCUUCGGGUUUUCAACUCGGAAGAAGGGGGUGACGCGUCGCAAGUCCUCGGCCAAGAAGGUCAGCUCGAUGGAAGACUCCUACAAACGAGCAGAGAAUCAGGCACCGCAAAGCAAGACUAGUAUUGCUCCGGACCAGCAUGCUCGUAUCCAGGCUGCCGCUGCUGCUCUCCAAAAGCGACACCGCGAGGAACAGGAGGCUGCUAGUGGCUCCAGAACACAUCUUCCCCGGGAUGCUAGGUAUUCCACCAAAACAAACUCCAUCAUGACCCUGCAACCGUCGAUUGUGAACGAGGCAUCUCAGGCGAUGAAAUGGGCGACCAACUAUGACAAGAAUACUUAUCGCACUGCUUACUUGAGCAACAGCCGUGCGGGAACAGGCUCCCUAGCAGACGACGUGAAGGAAUCGACUGAUGACCAGCCCAGCACGCCGACUUCGCUAGCGCCGAGCACCACCCGCCAGGCACCCCCACCUCUGCCGAAGGAUACUCCAGCUAGUUCUCCGAAACCCGCAGUAGCGAGGAAAGAGGUCCCUGUCAGUGAUGCUCAUCCUGACACCAGCCGGAAUGGUAGUACCAGUGCUGGGGCCGAUCUGUCGGCGACGGACUCUCUUCCCAAGCAAUCUAUGGAUUCAGACGAGUCCGGACGGAAGCUUAAGAAGAAAACCGGCAACACCGGAUUCAAGAACAUGUUUGGCACAAUCAAGAAGAAGAGUGAGCCUGAACAGAAGCCGCCGGUGAAGGUCACACCUGCCGCGGGCUCGGCUGUUGCAGCAGCUCGUGCUGCCCUCGAGGAUCGAGCGAGAGCAGCCCAGGAGCAUUCAAUCCGCCCAGCAAACAACAUUACUUUGAAGAAGAAGCCUGUACCACUGGCGCCAGCCGCAGAGAUUACCAAGGCUAAUGUGGAGGCCUCGAAAGCGGAUACGGAGCCUGUUGUCGACAAGAAGGAACCUGAGGUCGCUGUUGAAGCUCAUCCUGCUUUGGCGGCUCCUAAAGCUCCUGAAUCACCGGAUAGGCAACCUCAAAUCCGCCGCCAAGCCGAGUACGACGCGCUCUCCCGCAUCGACACCAAGGAGCGAACUGCUGCUGAUCAAGAAUUCUCCCAAUUCGACCAAGGCCCUCUAGUAGAGCAGCCGGCUUUCGUCCCUGAAUCCCCUGUCUCCGAAGAGUUCACUGAUGCGCCGGCACAUGCCCCGACUGAUGAGCCUGUCUCUUCGCUACAGACAGCCCCGUCGUCCUAUGACCGCUGGGCUCAGAUCCGCCAGAACGCGGCUGAGAGAGCCGCCCAGAUGGAGGCUCGUAAAGAGAACGACUACACCAGUGACGAUAAUACGAGCGAAGAAGAGAGUUUCGAAACCCGCGCUGCUCGCAUCAAGGCCAGAGUAGCCGAGCUGACCGGCAACAUGCAAGCCGCCACUCAGCCUUAA